CCGCUUCAUCUUCGCCAGUCUGCCUCGAGGUCAGAAACGCCACCAUCACCUACAACAAGCGGGAGGAAGGAGUGGGCGAGAAAAACAGGCAGCAGGCAGGCAGCAUCAAGCACAAGGGUUACCGAAAGGCAUAGCAAGCACCAUUGCUCACCGAGAGUCGUGUACUACCACCCUGGUUUCGUGGUCGACCUAAGCGUAGGCGCGGCAGAGAGAGAGAGACGAGAAGAGAACGCCUUUUCCCGGCCAGGUCGGCCAUGCUUCCCCACAACAGCAGCAACGGAAACGUGAGACGAAGAUCGAGCAGAACCAACAACGGCUUGGGAUGGAUGAACAGGCCGGCGUCUGUCAUGCUCAGAUGGUUGUUGACCGGGCUGUCGGUCGUCUUCACUACGACCUUUGUCGUCAUGUAUUGCCACCACGGGAUGGCAACGCCUGUCAACGGCCACCUUUCGAUCGGGGGCGGGCAUUCGUACAUGUACGAGGAGCUUGAGGGCGUCCGCGGUGGUGCUGUUGAAAACGGCGAUUCUGCUCCUGCUGCGGCCGCUGUCGUCCCGCCUCGUUCUUUGUCUCCACCUUCUUCUUCCGCUGGACCUGUGAGGCGUCAACAAUUGCGCGGCUCAAGAAAGGACGCCGUCGCCUGGCAAGAUUGGCGCUUGACCAACGGAAAGUAUGUUGUCAUCAACAGCAACUCUAUGCCGCCACCAACAACACCAGCAUAUAAUACGAACGGCAAAGGAAGCGCUGGCGACGAGGGUCUUGGCAACGAGAAGGGCGUGGACCGUAGGAAUGGGAAACCGUCCGAGUUAACGAACGAGGCUGCGGCGAACGAGGCCGUCCUCGCGCAACAGGCGGUGCUAGAGAUUGUGGCGGUACCGCCGGAUAGCGGGGAACAGGGAGAAGAGGAAGAUAGCGGGAGCCUCGAGCGAAGUCACAGCGGUCAGCUCAUCAGGCGGAUAGAAGGAGAGCGCCUGGAAGAGGAGCGCGAGGUCUACAACAUCCACGUCGCUGCGGUCGCUUCCGCUGCCGCCGAUGCAGCCGUGAUGAUGGGGGCGCUGAACACGAGAAUGCGGCGUUUGGAAGGGGUCGGACAAGGUUUGGUGGAGCGUUAAGGACUGCGUCAACGGACGGAGAGGAGCAAACGCGGGACCGCAGGAGGGGGUCCAGCCCCCCCCUCCAAUGUGCCGGUCAGGUCGUCUAGCCAGUAGAAAGAAGUGGAGGAUACGGGCCAGAGGGGCAGACGACAGAGUCCAAUGAUGGGAGAAAAACAAGAAAGAAAAAAAAUGAAGUAGAUACAUAACAUUAAGUAUAUGCAAUCACAGCCUGGACAAUCUACAAUAAUACAGUUUUCGUUUGAAGUUGGCGUCUUGUUUGAGAGUAGAUGUGACAGAUUUGCUACAAGCUCGCAUUGCGCGGGCGUCAAGACGCCGAAAACAGGCGAACAAGAUCGACCUCGGAACAGUCAACGCCAAUGAUAUGGGGAUGGAGUGUAGACGCAUCGUAGAACGCGUUUUCGUUUGAAGUUGACGUCUUGUUUGAGAGUAGAUGUGACAGAUUUGCGUAGAAUAGGGUAAGAUGUUAUCAUGAACGGAGAUGAAAGGGCUUUUCCAACACGGAGAUGUAGCAUGGAUCAAAGCAUUUGUUGGAUUUCAGCUUUUACAAGCGGACAUCAACGCAGUAGUAUUUUAGCAAGCUUACGAACGCAUAUAGGAUACCAUCAGGAUU